UGUUUUUAUUAAUAAAUGCCAUAGUGCAAUAAAUUAAUCCCACACGAAAAAAAAUGUUUUAAAUCUUUUAAUUAAUAAAAAAAAACAAUUUUCAAAAUUUUAUUAGUGAUGAAUUGAUAUUUUAACGCAAAAAUUUCCCUACUAAAAUUUAAUUUUUCAAUGAAAAUUGAUGAAAAAAAAAAAAACAUUGAACAUACAAUUUUAUAAAUAGGAAAGGAAAUCUUGCAAAGAAAUUUUCUUUUGCAAUCAACGUGAUAUGACUCAUUUCUAAAUAAAAAAGAAUAUUGAAUAUGACUUCUAAAGGAGUUCCAAAAGUCGCGCCUCUAGUAAUUAAUGCAAUUCGAAGACUUCAAGAUGUUCAGGGUUCAACUACCAAAGAAAUAAAUAAUUAUAUUGCUCAGGAAUAUAAUAUUCCAAAUAAGGAUAUUCGAAGGCAAGUCCAAGUUGCAUUACGUCGUGGACUUUCCUAUGGAAUUCUUCAACGCGCAAAGGGAGGUUACUAUGUCUGCAAUAAAUUGAGUCCCACGAAUGCGUUACGCGAUAUACAAGAUGAAAGUGGCUUUUGUUGUAAAUAUAUGACAAAGAAAAAGAAGAGAAAAAUGAAGGUAAAAAGAGCGAGUUGCAAAAGUGGAAGUCGAAGAAGAAGUCGUAGCAGAAAAGCGGGAUGUGGUUGUAAAAAAGCAAUGAAACGAAAAUCAAGUAGUAAAAGAAAAUGUGGUAGAUCGAGAAGUAGAUCAAAAAGAAGAUCAAGAAAAAGUAGAAAAAGUUGUAGACCAAGUAGAAGAAGUAGAAGUAUGAAACGAAGGAAAAGUAGAAGAAGUAGAAGCCGAAGGGGUGGCUGUCCAACAAAACCAAAAUGUGGCGAAAUAAACAUAUCCCAAAACUAUAAAGAAGGAAAUACCUCGAAUACAUCGUUAACUUCCGGAACGGAUUCGAGAAGACAGGCUUCUUCUAAUCGAUAUCCUGAUGACGAUUGAGCGUACCGGAAGUACAUCAAAGACCCCAAGAAAUUGAAUCAUCAUGAAACAUUUUUUUUUUUUUUUUAUCACCAAAUUAUCAACGUGUGGGAAUACAAAAUUGUUUGCAUUAAAAAUUUUACAUUUGUUUUUAUUUUUCUAAAUAUUCUGUUUUACACUUUUUUUGUAUUUGUAUAUUUUUUAAACAAUAUUAUUUUAUAGAAAAUAAAUUAUUUGCUUUUACAUCAAAAA